UGAAAGGUGCUAUAUAAAUACGAUUAUUAUUAUUACGAUUUUUAUCGUUAUAAAUUAAAAACAUAGAGCAGCAUUACAUGUGAAGUGCUGAUUCAGUAAAAAAUGUGUAUAAACAACAAAACGUGCGGUAAAAAGCAGCGUUAUAGGAAUGACAUAACUCCAGAACGGGGCGGUAAUGCAACGUAAAGGAUGCAAGCGGCCCCUUAAAAGCCCGCGGCGAAGAAGAGCUUCCGCCACGGACGGGACGGGCAUGUCGCGGACCGACGGCGAGCGGCCCACUGGCCAGGUCCAGACAGUCGAACUGUCACGGUCCCAGGUGGACUUCCCCGGCGAGACGUACUCCGUGUCCGUCCUCAAAGUGGGAUACUGCCUCCCCCAGACCGACGGCACGUUCAGAGCCGACGGGACCGUCACGCUCAUAACGGGACCCAGGACCGUCCUGGUGGACACCGGGGGCGCGUGGGACCGGGACUUUCUCCUCGCGUCGCUGAGGGAGAGGGGUCUGGAGCCGGCAGACGUCGAGCUGGUCGUGGGGACCCACGGACACUCGGACCACAUUGGGAACCUGGGACUAUUCCCCACAGCGGUGACGAUCGUGGGGCACGACGUCAGCCGAGGGGACACGUACCGCCCCAACGGGCUGGCGGGCGGCCACGCGUACGUCGUCGACGAGCACAUAUCUGUAGUUCCCAGUCCAGGCCACACGGGGCAGGAUGUCAGCGUGCAGGUGAGAGGAACCUCCGCUGGCACUGUGCUUGUUGCGGGGGACUUGUUUGAGUGCUGCUCCGACGAGGGCAGCUGGCAGCAUCUGAGUAUGAACACUGCAGUACAGGAGGUCAGCCGCCAGGAGGCACUACGCACUGCUGAUGUCAUCAUCCCGGGACACGGCCUCCCGUUUCGAGUCCUCAGGAACUGAUGAACUGGCCCAGUCCAGGGUUAUGUAAGCGGAUGUAAGGACCAUAUACAAACCAUGUCGAAAAGUAAGGCGAGAGAUCUCUUCACUGGAACGGCGACAAGGUGGAACUGAUGUAAUGCCUUCACCACUGGUAGACUGGUGUGAAAACCAGGAACCAUCUUUGAUACAAGAUUAUUUGACGUGAUUUGUUUCCUUUUUGGUCCCUGUCUCAUCCAGUAACAUAGAGAAGGUGGGGUUUAUGACCUAUACUGCGGCCAGCCACCAGGGGGCGAUCCAGAUGAUUUGGUGUCACGUUUGGGGAGCUGCCAUGUCAUACAGUCUAUGUUUCAAAUGAUAAAAUCUCAUUUAAUUGUAAA